AUGCCUCAAACCCGUAGCGCCGCAAAGCGGGCUGCAGGAGCAGCCCUCCUAUCUGAUGACUCAACGGAACCAGGAAAUAAGAGGCCUGCAAACAUCAACCAGACUCAAGAAAAGACAUAUCGUACUAAGCACGCACAGAAGCAGUCCCGUUACUCUGUUUCGCCAGCACAGCCGAAUACUAUAGUUCUCCCUCACGGUCUUGGAGCCGUUCAACAGUCAGCAACCCUCAAUGAUGAUGACCGCAAGCUUUCUUCCAGCUUCAAUACCACCGCCGCAGGCAUAAAGAAGAUGACACUAGAGGAGCUCAAGAAGGCAGCAAGGCCCCGGGGCUUGCCCAAGGAAACACCCGACAACAAGUACCGCUUGAUGCCCGGAUCAACUCCAUUCCCUGACUGGUCCAGGCCCACUCCAGAGGAAUGCCAAGCCGUUUAUGACAUUUUGGUAGAGGAAUAUGAAGAAAAACAGAAAGCCAGAGAGGAAACAGCCACGCAGCCCAAGAAAUAUGCGCCACUCAGCUUCACCCCUCCGGCAAAGAUCCAACCACCUUCUACUACCGUUGCUGGAUGUGGAGAGGUACCUGAUUUGGUGGACGCCAUGAUGAGAACCCUCAUAAGUCAAUCAGUAACGCGGGACAGUGCCAACAUGGUCGUGGAAAGAAUCAUCGCGAGAUUCGGCCAACUUGACCCUCAAGGAAUCGGCGCUGCCAGCAUCAACUGGAAUGCAGUACGCCUGGCACCCCCUGAAUAUGUCAUACAGACCCUCCACAAGGGUGGGCUGCAAAACAAGAAAUACGAAGGCAUAAAAGGAUGCCUCGACAUGGUUUACACGGAGAAUCAAGUCAGAAGAUCUGCGUAUAUGAAUGAAAAGGAGACAGGAAAGGUUGCCAAUGUGCCAGGCGCAGCUGAAAUGACCGCGGGCCAAAAGGAGCACCAACUAAAAAAGAUUGAAGCUGGAAUCCUCACUCUAGACCACAUUCGCGCCAUGCCAGCAGACGACGCCAUGAUGGCACUCAUCAAAUACCCCCAUAUUGGGGUCAAGACGGCAGCUUGCCUUCUUCUCUUCUGCCUGCAGAUUCCCAGCUUUGCGGUGGACACCCACGUUUACCGCAUGUGCAAGUGGCUGUACUGGGUUCCUGGCACAGAAAAUGAGAAUUACGUCUACAUGCAUUGCGACCUACGAGUUCCGGGCCAUCUCAAGUACGGCCUCCAUCAGCUGUUCAUUGAGCACGGUAGUGGAUGUCAUCGUUGCAAAGGCAACACUUCAAAGGGAACUACAGAGUGGGACAAGGUAGUUUGUCCACUUGAGCAUUUACUGGAUCGCUACAGCAAAAAGGAGAGUAAGUCAAAGGCAGCAAAUGUUGUCGGCAUUGAGAAUAAUGGUUCCAACGCGCAUGAGACUCGUGAGGGCCUUGUCCAGUCUGAUUGA